AUGGACAUCUGGGUGUGCUUAAUGCCACUUCCCGUCCUGGCAAGGCUACAGCUCGACCGUAUCCGCAAAAUAGGGGUGAUGAUUGUCUUCUGCAUGGGCCUCUUCGUCUGCAUAACGAGUAUCGUUCGCAUGUCGGCCAUGGCUGAAAGUACAAAGACAAAUGAUCCAACAUGGGGAUCUUUCGAUGCGCUGAUGUGGAGUGCUAUUGAGGCUAGUACGGGGAUUAUUUGUGCCUGUCUGCCAUUUCUGAAGCAUCCGAUCCAGAGACUUAUCCCUACUUGGUUUGUGUCAUUGUCGAAUGGCUCAAAAAAGACGAGACCGAGUUACCGGAUGAGCCGACUCGGGUCGCAGUCCGGGAUUCGGACCGGUGGGCAUAGAGAUGAGGAUUACUAUGGGGAGGCUGAUGCCGAGAGUAUGGGUAGUCAGGGGCCUAUUGCCAAGGGUCAGAUUGUUAUGAAGACGGAUAUUGUCAUGCGUAGUGAGCGGGCUUAUUCGUGA